AUGGCCUCUAUAAACGAUCUUGCCACCGCGGCAAUGGCCUCGGAUACACCGUCUGAUGUGAAACGCGGCGCCUUCAUCGUGCUGGAGGGCUUGGACCGCAGCGGCAAGACGACGCAGGUGAAGCUUUUGGAGCAGCGCGACCAGAUCAAAUCCCUCGUUGCGGCGGGCACAAUCGUGAUAUCGGACCGCUUCUACCACUCGGGCAUCGUGUACUCUGCCGCCAAGCUUAACCCUUCGCUGCCGCUGUCGUGGGCGCGCGCACCGGAGCGCGGGCUGCCGCGUCCAGACCUAGUCCUGUUCCUGGAUCUCGACGAGGAGACGGCCAGGGCGCGCGGCGGCUGGGGCGGCGAGCUCUACGAGAAGGCGGAGAUGCAGAGGAGGGUGCGGGAGCUGUUCUGGGGUCUUAGCAUGGGCGGCAAGGACAUCCAGGGACAGGAGAUGCUGGCCGAGCUAGGGGGACUGGAUGGCGCGCAGUGGAGGCAGGAGGAGGAGGACCUGGUGGUGGUUGAUGCGGCAGGGAGCGUGGAGGAGGUGGCGGACAGGAUUUGGGCUACGGUGGAGGGGAGAGUUGCGCAGGUUGAGAGGGGGGAGGUGGGCAGGACGGUGAGGAUUGUGCAGUAG